AGUAGUACAACAGUAGUACCGUAUUGUUGAGUCAUCCAUUGCCAUACCAUUAGACGCGAUGAAUGGAGAUUCGCCUUGUGACUUGACAUUUGAGUAGAAUGCAAGUUGUUGCGAACCAUUCAGAAGUUUGACAUAUUUUGUACCGAUGAUGGAGUACCAACGACCUCCCAGGUUUGACCAGCGUUCUUCCUUUUGACUUUUAGUGCCUGUCUUUGCUUGUCCCACCACGUCUCGUUCUUGUCCAUGGCGACGAACCCGCUCUUCACCGCGGCGUUCGACCUUGCGAGCGGCGACGACUACGGUGCCUUCCUCGCCGGCAUCCGCGACAGGCUCGGCAGCCCGAGGCACGUCUCCCACGGCCGCCCCGUCCUCCCGCCGGUCGAGCCCGGCGUCCCGCCGCGCCGGUGGUUCCACGUCCUCCUCAGGACGCCGGCGAGCGCGCUCACGCUCGCCACCCGCGCCGACAACCUCCGCCUGGCGGGCUUCCAGAGCGCCGACGGCACGUGGUGGGAGCUCAGCCACGGGACGUUCCCGAGGAGGCGCGGCGGCCUCAUCCCGGGAGCCACAUCUCUAGGCUUCGCCGGCACGUACCGCGACCUCGUCGGCGGCACUCGCGAGGUGGCCAACGUGGCCCUCGGGCGGCGGCAGAUGACGGAGGCCGUGGACGCGCUCGCCGCCUUCGCCUCCGGCGGCGCCACGGAUGCGAAGCAGAGUCGGCGGCGGCUGGCGAAGGACGCGCUCGUGGUGCUCCUCCUGAUGGUGCACGAGGCGACGCGGUUCCUGGACGUGGCGGCGGUCGUGGCCGGCCUGAUGCGCCCCGACGCGGCGGCGACGAGCGGGCGCAUCACGACGAGGAGCAGCACGUCGCCGGACCUCGGGUGGAGGUACUGGUCCUGCUUGCUGCUCAGCGCGGACUCGCACCCGUCGAUGCCGACGGGGAUAGGCGAGCCCCGGCCGACUGAGCAUCUGAACAAGGAGUGGGUGGAGAGGGCGGCCGCGACGGUGGGGAUACUGCUGUUCGUCAAGGUGGGGAACGGGAUCAAGGCCGAGAAGGCGCUGCGUUUGUUCCGUGGGAACCUGUGCGGGACGGGGAGGGACGGGGCGGGACCGGACGUCACCUUCCUCCUCGUCUCCGGCGAGUCCGUCGCGGCGCACAGAUACGUGCUCGCGGGGAAGUCCCCCGUGUUCUUGCGCCAGUUCAUCGGACGCAGGAUUGAGAAGCCAUCCCCACACGUCGAGGUCAAGGACAUGGACGCGGCUUCCUUCAAGGCCAUGAUCUACUUCAUCUACACGGACACGGUACCGGAAUUCGAUCAACGACGGACGCCGGAGGAGGAGGAGGAGGCGGUGGCAGUGAUGGCUCACCAUCUGCUUGCGGCGGCUCACAGGUACGAGCUGGACAGGCUGAAGCUGAUAUGCAAACGCAAGCUGCAAUCCGGUGCCACCUACGUCGACAUGGCGGCGAGAACCCUAGCUUUAGCCGAGCAGCACAACUACCGGCGGCUCAAGGCCAAGUGUAUCGACUUCAUUGUUGGGAGUCCAGAGACUCUUCACGCCGUGUUAGCGACAGAGGGAUACAAGCACCUGGAAGCAAGCUGCCCUGCCGUGCUCACUGAACUUCUCAAGUCCGUGCACGGGAGAAAGAAUUUAAUAUCGAAGUAAAUCGUAUGCAAUAUUUGGUAACGGGAUGGAGUUGAAGACGUAGGGGGGCUGAUCAAUGGCAUAUACACUGCCUCUCUGCUUCGAAUCAUAUUCUAGAAUUGUCCCAAGUUUGAUCAGCUUCCAAGGAAGAGAAGACCAACAUUUAAAGCAUCAAACUAGUAUCAUUAGAUCCAACUAUGUUUAUGUAAUUGUUUCCAUCUCAAUCUCAAGACAUUAACCAUCAAUUUGUGAAAAAAUUGUAUAAGCAUAUGCUAAUUAUAUAUUAAAAAAGUAUUUGUCA